CUUUUCCUCUUACUUCGUUGACAUCCAGAUAUGGGUGUUGUGCAGUCAUUCGUCUCGCAGACAUGGCCCCCAAAACCAAAAUUCUCGGUUGAUGACAUUCCUGACCUUUCUGGGAAGGUGGUCAUCGUGACGGGAGGGAACACGGGUGUUGGAUUUGAGACGGCGAAAGCCAUUUUGCCGCGCAACGCCAAAGUUUACUUGGCUUGUAGGAAUGAAACGAAAACCAACGUCGCUAUAGAAAAGCUUCGUGAAGCCACUGGAAAAGACGCUAUUUACUUGCCUCUGGAUUUAGCAAGUUUCAAAUCCAUUCAAGCUGCCGCCAAUAACUUUUUAAGCAAAGAAAAGGAACUCCACAUCCUUUUCAACAAUGCCAGAGGGGUUAUGGAACCUGACAUCGCCGAAUUAACUAAUGAAGGAUACGAUCUCACCAUCGGAGUCAAUGUACUCGGCCAUUUCUACUUUACGAAGCUUCUUCUUCCGGCACUACUAGCGGUGGCGCAGAACUCUGAUGGACUGAUCAAAGCCCGGGUUGUAAACACUGCAUCGUUCGCAACUGAGCUGGCUAGCAAACUUGAUUAUGAAGCCUUCAGAGAUAGCCCUGCUCGAAAGAAACUGGGCACAGUACCUCUGUAUUAUCAAAGCAAAUUCGCCAAUCUGGUGUACUCCACCGAAUUCUCGCGUAGAUACGGAGAACAGAUUGUUUCUUCUUCUGUGAAUCCAGGUAACCUUGCAACGGAACUUCAACGAACCCUUCGGGGAAUGAAACGCUUCAUGAUCUCUCGCAUUCUAUACCCGGCCCCAUACGGCGCUUUAACGCAGCUGUACGUAGGAACAUGUGUGGAAGGUGCGACGUUCAACGGAAAGUACUUUGUUCCCUGGGCGCGUCCCUCGAAGCCAAGUCCUGCUUCUCAGGACAUUCAGACGGGGAAGCGGCUGUGGGAUUGGCUGGAGGAUCAAGUGAAAGAUGCUUGAUUUCGGGUGAUACAUGUUCCCCCGGCUCCGUGGACGUUGUUGAUCGUAAAUCAAGGUCUAGCCCAGCUACAUCUUAACCUCAAACGCCUACAAAUUGAUGGGAACUUUGAAUGAUAUUAGUCGAUUACCCCUGGACUCAUUGUGAUGGAAGGC